UAGAUAUAAAAUGCAAUUUUUUAUUCACUGUAUUCUAUUCAUUUGCGUUUAUGUUACAUUAACCAAUGGAAGACCAUCGCAUUUUCAAGAAGAAAACGACAGCGAAAUAGGAGUUGAAUAUGAAGGCGAUGAAUCGGCUGAUGACGAAUACGUUCCCGAAGAGGGAGAAGCAGCUGCGGAUGAGGAAUCACGUAAUCAAGAAUUGGCCCAGGAUGCAGACAUUAAUAAAGAAGACUCUGAAAGAUUUUCAGAAACCGAAUCAAGUAUCAGAAAAGAAGGAAAUAAAAAUAAUCCCCAAGACUCAAGUUAUCGUGGGGAAGCGGACAAUUUUUCCAUUAUAAAAGAACAUCCUAACUAUAUGUUUGGUCCCAAGGAUGUGGCAGAAACAGAAAAUUCCCAACCCAGUCACACUGAUGAGCAAAAUAAUCGUGUAGAAUGUAGAAAUGUCGAUGAAAGGUCGACACAUUUGGGUUCUGACUAUUCGGGAGAAUUGUUGUUUAAAAAAGUCAACGAGCAGUUUCAAAAAGAUAACAAUGGUUAUAAAGCAGACGAUAAUGAUCAAUCUAAUAUGAAAAAACAAUAUGGUGACAAAAGGCCCAUAGAAAAAAAGGAUGCGAAAAAUUAUGACUAUUUUAUAUAUUCUGACAGAAAUCGACGACAAGUUCAAAGUUUUGAAGAAAAACCAGUAACUGACUUAAAAAGUAUUAAAAAUGAAAACAAUGAUUUAAAUGUAGCAAAUGAAAAUACUAUACUAAAAAAUAUAAAAAAACUUUCUGAUCAAGAUCUAGAAAAUUUAAUGAAUUCUCUUCCGGAAGAUAAAAAAGCACUUUUAAGAAAAAUUAUGGAUAAAAGAGAAAUUACAAAAAAAGCUGGUGCAAUAGAAGAUAACAACUAUUUAGAUCAAUCAGAUACAAGUAAAAUAGAAGGAAGUUACUCUGUUUCUUCGUUGUCGUCAAAUUCUUUAACUACUGAGACCAACAAACACGUUGAUAAUAGUGAAGGAUUGAAUACAAAAAUUUCAGAUACUGAAAGCGAAACAGGAAAAUUAGGAAGUAAAUCUGAAGAAAAAGGCGAAACUAGUACAACAGAAGAUCUAUUGGAAAAUACAGAUUCAGCCCUUAAAGAAGAAGGAAAUAUAAACUGUAAUACCAAAGAAACUAUUAAAAGUGAUAAUAAAAGAGAAAUUAAUCGAGAAGACAUAACCAAUAAAAAUAUUCCUUUCGAUGAUUCUUUAGUUUUAGAUACUAAAAACUCCAAUGAUUCUCCAAUAGAUAAGGAAAGCUCUGAAGAUGAAGAUUGGUUAGAACCUAAAAGUGAAGAAUUUAAUGCUGAACAAAGAGAAGUUUCCCAAAGUGAUCCUUCUGAUAUAUCUGCAUCUGUUGAAAAACUAGAAGAUUCAUUUCCAAAUGCAAAUGCAUAUGGAGAUAUAGAAUCAAGCUUAGAACCUUUAGUAAGAAUUAAAAGAAAAGAAUUACAUCACAAAGUGAAGAAACGAGAUCUCCCAUAUAUGACAAACGAUAAUUUGUCUUUUAUUACUGAUUUUGAAACUGAGGAGUCUGGCAAUGAUGAAAGAAGUGAGUUAAAUCAAAAAGAAUCUUUCUUCGGUCAAUCUGACUUCGUGAAAAAAAACGUUGGAGGCAAAAAUCAAAAUGUUAUGAAUAAUAAGAAAAAAAGAAAUAAGCGAUCUUUAAGUUCCAACGGUAUCAUUAAUUCUGUUAACAAUACACUAAAUUUAUCUCGAAGUAGCCGUACAACAGGUCCUCUAUUUCAUGAAAAUAGCUCAAUGUCAGAUAACCGUAUCGAUAAAGCCGAACGUCAAAUAGAUGAAGCAUUUGGAUCUUUUACAGGUAAUUCUGAAGAAGACGUCAAUCGAUACAAGAGGGUCAAAAAAUAAAAAAUGUAUUUUUUAUUAAAAUAUUGUUAUAUUUUGAUGUGAUUUAUAAGCAUGUUGAAGA